AUGUCAUCCCCGUGGUGGAAAAAUGCUUCCAUCUAUCAGAUAUAUCCCGCCAGCUUCAAGGAUACAAAUGGCGACGGAAUCGGCGACUUGCCAGGCAUUCUGAGCAAGCUGGACUAUAUCAAGUCCCUAGGUGUUGAUGCAAUCUGGAUAUGUCCGAUGUAUGACAGUCCUCAAUACGACAUGGGCUACGACAUUGCAAAUUAUGAAGAUGUCUACGCACCUUACGGUACAGUCGCAGAUGUCGAAGCUAUUAUCGCGGCAAGCCACGAGCGUGGUUUACGUAUUCUGCUCGAUCUAGUGAUCAACCAUACCUCCUAUCUACAUGAUUGGUUUAAAGAAUCACACUCUUCCAAGACCAGCUCCAAGCGAGAUUGGUACAUCUGGCGACCAGCAAAAUAUGACGCCGAUGGAACCCGUCGUCCUCCUAAUAACUGGCGCAGCUUCUUUGGCGGCAGCGCUUGGGAGUUCGAUGAUGCAACACAGGAGUAUUAUCUCCAUCUAUUUGCAGUUCAACAGCCUGAUCUUAACUGGGAAAAUCCAGAAACGCGAAAGGCAAUCUACGACUCGGCGGUUACAUUCUGGUUGGAAAAGGGAAUUGACGGAUUCCGCGUCGACACAGUCAAUAUGUAUUCGAAGAGGUCAUUUAUCGAUGCCCCAAUUCUUGACAAGCGACUUGAAUGGCAGCCGGCACAUUCCCUAUUCUGCAACGGUCCCCGAAUCCAUGAAUUUCUGCGCGAAUUAGGUCAGAUAUUAGCUAAAUACGACGCAAUGACAGUCGGCGAGCUACCUUAUACUCCACAGAUUACCGAGGUACUUAGCUAUGUCUCAGCCCAAGAGAAACAGCUCAGCAUGGUCUUUCAAUUCGAUGUGGUUGAAACCGGGACUGGUGAUCCGACAUUUAACACAACACCACGCAACUGGACCCUCCCAGCCCUUCGCAAGAGAAUUGCACAAACUCAGGAACUUGUGCCCACUGAUGGCUGGAGCACUUCCUUUCUCGAAAACCACGACCAGGCUCGAUCGAUAUCGCGUUUUGGGAAUGAGGAAACCCCUGAAUACUGGGCACUCAGUGCGAAGAUGCUCGCUAUCCUUGUCACAACACUCUCCGGAACGGUUUACAUCUAUCAAGGACAGGAAAUUGGGAUGGUCAAUUUCCCACUUGAGUGGGAUAUUGAAGAGUACAAGGAUGUUAAUAGUAUAAAUUAUUACAAGUUCAUCCAAGACUCGACAAAGAAUGAUCCGACCGCCGUGAAAAAGGCAAAGGAAGCGCUGGCCCAUCUGGCUAGAGACCAUUCGCGCAUUCCGAUGCAGUGGGAUGGCACAGCAAAUGCCGGGUUCACCACAGAGUCUGCAAAGCCCUGGAUGCGCGUGCAUGACAACUACUCCACUCUGAAUGUCGAGAAACAACAGACCGAUUCGAAGUCAGUUUUGGCCUUUUGGCAGGAAGCGCUCCGGGUGAGAAAGUCUUCGCCAAAGCUAUUCGCACAUGGUGUUUUCAGUGACACCGAACCAUGUAAUGAAAGUCUUUUCAUCUUCGAGAAGACUGGUGAUAGCCAGAAACUUCUUGUUUUACUCAACUUCACUACCGAAGCAAAGCCUAUUGACAUCGCGGAACGCCUGGGGGAUACACCACGCAAGGCCAUAAUCAAGAACUAUGAAGAUGAGCCGCUAGAUUCCUUGCGACCGUUGGAAGGCCGAGUAUAUCUCUUGGAUAAUUAG